AUGAAGAUUCCGUAUAACUUUGUCCAGCCCUGCGGCAACGUCAUCUUUGCUGCCAGGGGCGGCAAGAUUCACUCCUUCAGCCUGCAAGACGGCUCUCACAUCUCAACAUGGAAGCACCCCGACGUCGAGAAGGUCGCAGCUGCCUCGGCCGCCAACGCCGCAGCAAAGGUUGAGAUCGAAGUGAGCUCAGGAGUUCCCACACCUGCUUCCCCGACCAACGAUGCAGAUGGCCCACCAGCCAAGCGCCAGAGGGUUGAGAAGGAGGAUGAGGCCAAGGACGGCGAUGCUAUGGUUGUGGACGAACCUCAGAAGCAGGCCGAAGAUCAGCAGCAGCAGCAGAACGAAAACGAGAAGAAGGGCAAAAAGGACAGGAGGAAGGGAAACAAGGGCAACAAGGCCCAACAUCAGCAGCAGAGCAAUCGCUUUGCGCGAGUUCCGGACCAGCCCGUCAUCACACUCAUGACAACAACCAGCACCGGCAGUCACUUGCUUGCCAUCUCAGGUCAUGACAAGGGCCUGUGGGUACUCGAGCACGACGGCAAGGGCGGCUUGAAAGAGCUGAGCCAGAGAACAAUGCCUAAACGCCCCUGCUCCGUUCUCAUCUGCCCAGACGACGAGACGAUCCUGAGCGCAGACAAGUUUGGCGAUGUCUUCUCCCUGCCCCUUAUCCCCUCUGAUAAGCCUGCUUCCACUGAUGCUCCCGAGGAGCCCGCCGGGCCGGCAACCCAAGCGCCAGAGGCCCAGCCCUUCAAGCCUGAAGCCAGCAACUUCACUGUGCACUCCAAAGCCAACCUCCGCGCCCUCAAGAACCAGCAGCGUGAGAUGAACAAGUCGAAGCGCGACGCCCCCAAGGAGGAUCCGACCUUCGAGCACACCCUCCUGCUUGGCCACGUCUCUAUGCUCACCGCCAUGACGCUCGCCGAGAAGGGAUCCCGCCGGUACAUCAUCACCGCGGACCGCGAUGAGCAUAUUCGUGUCUCGCGCUACAUGCCCCACGCCCAUAUUAUCGAGGGUUUCUGUCUUGGCCACACCAACUUCGUCAGCGCCCUGACUCUUCCCAGCCAAGACGUUCUCGUCUCGGGAGGUGGAGACAGUGAGCUGUUCGUAUGGGACUGGGAGGCCGGCAACAUCUUGUCCAAGUUCGACAUCUUGGAGCAGGUUCGCCAGGUCGAACAGGAGGCUGCCAAGGUCGCGGUCUCCCAGCUCCUGUCUGCCACUGUCCUCGCCAAUGGCCUGCCGGUGUCCGUUGUUUUGGUGGUCUGUGAGGGUGUCCCUGCAAUCUUCGUGCUCCGUGUCUCAGAACAAAACACUCUGUCCCACGUACAGACAGCCUCUCUCCCAGGCAACCCUCUGCACGUUGCCCCCAUCUCCAGCGGUAGUCCUCUGAGUACCAUCCUCGUCACGAUUGACCCGGCGGAGCCGAGCACUAAUGACAACGGCCUCGUGUCUUACAAGUGGACCGGCGCCGCCUUCUCAACAACACAAGACUUCGUACCCCAGGAUGCGAGCUUGACGGAGAGUGAGUUUGAUCUGACCCAGGAACAAGUACGCAAGCUGCUGUACAACAUUGGAGAUUUGCGCAAGAAGAACGAGGAGCAGGGUGAAGAAGGCGAGGAAGCUGAGCAGGCUGAGCAGCCAGCGGAGGCAUCAUAG